CGACAAGACCGGAAAAAGACAUUGAAUUGGCUUGACAGCGAUAUCCAUACGAAAAGAUUCAUUGAUUCUCACGCAAGAUGGCAACCGCGCACUGGAAGACUUUUCCUGGAUGCCGAAAAGUAUUCAGACUGGGUCAACAAUGAUACCCAAACGCUUUGGUGCCAUGGCAUUGCUGGUGGUGGGAAAACAGUGUUCGCUUCGGUUGUUAUCGAUAACUUAAAAGCUGCCCAGAGAAACAAGACGCCAGAGACCAGGGAUGGAGUUGCUUGUCUGUUUUGCGAAUAUGAACGACAGAAGGAUCAGACUGUGCGAUCUCUCACAUGUGCCAUACUCAGGCAGCUCGCCGAUCAAUGCGAGGAGCUGCCAGAGUCUGUCAUCGAACUAUUCGAUCGCUACGAAGCCGACGAUGCCCCUCUUCCCUUUGAAGAGAUUGCUUCAACUCUUUCUGAUGUGCUCGGAAAGUUCCCCCGAGUGUUCCUCGUUGUUGAUGCCCUGGACGAAUGCUCCGACAAUACGCGCAAAGAACUGCUAUCACAUCUUCUUGAACAGCAACGGAAUUCCAACAUGAAAUUGUUGGCAACUUCAAGGCCAACAAUCAAAUUCUUGAAGGAAUUUGGACCUUGCGAGGAAUUGGAGAUCCAGGCCGACCCAGAAGAUGUCAAGGAUGUUCUCGACAUUUUGAUAGACAAGUCGGACACGAUUGUCAAAACUGAUCCGGAGCUACGGAGGAGGGUAAAAGACAGUAUUUCUCAGGCUGUUGACGGGAUGUUUCUUCUCGUCCAACCCUUCUUGGAUUCAAUCAUUGGACAGCGGUCAAGAGGAUAUGUCGAGGAUGCUCUCAGAGCUCUCGUGGACAGCCCCGACAAAAUCUCAACGGUGUAUGAUGGUGCCCUUGGCAGGAUAGGGAGCCAGAAGUCAGAAGACCGCAGGCUGGCGCAGAGAAUUCUGUCCUGGAUUGUCGACUCCAAGCGACCUCUCAGUCGUCAAGAAUUCUCACAAGCUCUUGCAGUGAAGCCGGGGGAUCUCACAUUCCAGAAGGAUUACAUCAUUGAUGAUCUUGAUGGAGCCGUCGCCCUUUGUGCUGGACUAGUGGUAAUCAACCGCGAGAGCAACACUGUCCAACUGAUGCACCACACAACUCGCAAGUACUUCGAAGACUUCAAACACCGUCCCGAUUGGAUGACUGGCGCACACGGAAUGAUUGCGAGUGCAUGCAUAACAUGCGUCUCGUACUCGGUAUUUGACGAAGGACCCUGCGGUUUCGAUGAAGCGCUGGAAAGUCGGCUACUCGAGUAUCCGUUCCUCGAGUAUGCUGCCCAACACUGGGGUACACAUGCGCAAGAAGAUCAAGUCAAUAUAGCGGAAGUAGAGGACUUGGCGCUGGAAUUCCUGCAGCACGAUACAAAGGUCGCCUCUUCGACCCAGGUCAUGCACCCAUCCAGCUACAGACAGCCCGGAUACAGCCAGAACUUCGUGAAAGGUGUCACCGGAUUACAGAUUGCAUCAUCUUUUGGUCUCGCGAACAUAGUCUUGCGACUUGUUCGCCACGGUGUGGCUACCACAGACACAGACGAUGAUAAGAGAACGGCACUUCACCGAGCGGCAGAGAAUGGCCAUGACGAGGUUGUCCUGAUACUGCUUGAGCAUGGAGCAGAAGUCAAUGCCCAGGAGGCCAAGUACGACCAGACCCCGCUACAUUUGGCAGCGUUGAACGGACACAAAGCGGUUGUUCAGACACUUCUCGAAAGUGACGCAGAUGCGAAGAUGAAGGACAGCGACGGUUGGAUGCCAAUC